UUGGCUUCUCUGCCUCCCAGGACUGCUUCAUUCCUGCCUUCCUCUCCUCUCCUCUCCUCUCCCUCUCUUCCUCUCCUUCUGCUUUCUUCUCUCGCUCAUCUUAUGGCUUGGCUAUGAGGGCCCGCUUGGGGAUCGCUCGACAUGUCUUUGGAGAGAUGCUGCCCGUGUGUUUUUCGGAGGGCCUUUUGCCUUUUAAGGUUGCACCCUCCCGGGAAACCAUGCAUCUCCGAGUCUCGGGAUGGACCACGCUAUGGCAGGAAGGAGAGCGAUGUCAACUUUCUGGAGGACGGCCAGAUGACCUGGACCACGGAUGGAAAGUACCCUGGUCCUGAGGCUCCUCACAAGGGCAGCGUCUCCUCCAAAGCCAUGGUGGAGCUCUACAUCUCUGACCACCGACCAGAGGAGCCGCCACAGAGGGAGGCUAACGGCAGCCUAGGGUUGGGGGGCGUCCACCUGGGUGCCCUUAGCAGUAUCCAGUCCCUGUACAUCUACCACUCAGAGCAAGAGUACCGGGGUUGGGGGGGGCAACUCCAGGACUCCACCUCCUGCUCCCUAGGCCAGGCAGGGGUGACCCUGCAGCUCCCUCGGGGGGGCUGGCAUAGGGAGGAGGUGGGGGCCAGGAGAGAGGCCAAGGCCAGUGGGUGGGUCGAUCCUCCAGAGGAAGGAGGGAACAGAGAGGCGCCUCCUGUCUCGGUCUCCUUUGGAAUCUCGGCAGUAGGUGCGGGGCCAGCAGAGCGGUGGGACUCAGAGUCGGAGAGGGACCUCGGACAGCCCAACAAGCACCGGGCGAGGCUCGCCAGAUUCAGGCGCAGCGAGAGCCAGCUGGAGAAGCAGGCUAAGGUGGCCAAGUCUAAAUGUAAACGGAUUGCUCUACUGCUUACUGCUGCACCCAACCCCAAAAGCAAGGGGGCGUUGAUGUUUGAGAAGCACAGAGAGAGGGCCAAGAAGUACACACUGGUCAGCUACGGGACUGGGAAGGAGGAGCCUGAGUCUGAGGACGAGGAAGACUACCACAGAAUCGAGGUGACCUUCCUAGCUAACGGAGAGCUGCAACUUGACGGGGAGACCUUCGCUAAUGCCUCAAGCUGCAAGAUCGGCGUAAACUUUGACAAGGAUAGCGCACCGCCCGACUUAGACAAGAAGCUGGACCAUCAGGUAGGGAUGGAAUACCUGCCGGAGACGAAGGGCAAAGGGGCCCUGAUGUUCGCCAGGCGUAGGCAGAGGGUCGACGAGAUCACCGCCGUACACGAGGAGAUGAGGCAGAAGGGGAUUCCGGUGGAGGGUCUACCAGGGCCAGAAAACAUGCCGUCCUGUCAGGCCGCGGAAUACUCCUAUAAGCAGUCUCCUGACAGCCAGUCCCACGAGGUCAACGUGGAAGUGGCCAUGCAGCAGCGCCAGGCUCCACAGUACCCUCCACAGUACCCUCCGCAGUACCCUCCGACUAUGAAUGGUACGUCUCACUAUCAGCCCAGCGACUUGCAAAGGUUCCAAGUUCCUAAUAGGACAGCCCAGCCCUUCUCAGGAGUCCCAAACAGAGUGCCUGUCCCCUUUUCACCUUCAGUGGGCAUCCCUAGCCCAGUGUUAGAUCAACCAGGCUAUUCAGACAGCAAACUCAGAGUAAUUCCUCCUCCAGUUCCUGUGACCACACGCCCUCAGGUCCUGUCACCCACUGACAGGGAGCAGAUAGUUUCACGUGACGAGCGCAUCUCAGUGCCGGCUAUCAGGACCGGGAUGUUGCAUGAUACGAAAAAGAGAAGUGCAGCCAAGACGGCCUUUGGUUCUAAAGAGUCCUCCACAAUGUCUUCUUUGAACCUUCCGAAAGGUGAUAAGAGGGCUGGCUUUGACUUGAGCGUAGAAGAAGACUUCCUUAGCCUAGGUGCCGAGGCCUGCAACUUCCUGCAAGCUCCGGUCGUCAAGCAUAAGAAUCCACCACCGGUCGCCCCAAAGCCUAGCAUUAACCUUGCUUCUCCACCUUGGUUAACAGAAAAUACCCAGCUACCUUUGGAUAGUGGUAUUCCAGCACCAGGCAUUGCACCUACUGCAAGUCCCACACAACACACCACCACAACUACAUGGAAUCCCCCUGAGCUCCAUCCGCCACUCCAGCAACCUGUGAGUGCCUGGGCUGCACCCAAACCCAAAGUACAACCACCUCCAUGUGUUGCUCCCUGGGGUAUGUCUCAGCCUCAAGCAACAGCCCAGCCACCUUGGGCUGAGCAACGUACUCCAGUGACUACUGUGCCUCCGACUCAAAACCAGCUCAGGAAUUCAUGGAAUCAGCCUUACAUCUCCGCCAAAUCUGUCGCUUCUCACCUCUCUGCCAGCACCUAUGGCUCGAGGUUUCCCUCAGCUGGCGGUGCCUCCUCAGCUAGGGCUAUGAGCCCAGCCUCAGACAUGCCCACUAUGAGGGGUAGAGGAGCUGAACUCUUUGCCAAAAGACAGUCGCGCAUGGAGAAGUUUGUGGUGGACUCGGAGACGGUGCAAGCGAACAAGGCCCGGGCCCAGUCACCCUCCCCUUCACUCCCAAGUGCCUGGAAGUAUUCGUCCAUUGUUCGAGCACCACCCCCUUCAUCGUACAAUCCCCUUCUGACUCCCUCAUACCCCCCUGCAGCAGUAAAGUCACCCCCACCUUCCAGCGCACCACCUAAACCUAAGAGCACCGAGAAGGGGAAACCAGCACCCAAGAAUCUUAAUUCCUUGGACGUCAUGAAACAUCAGCCGUACCAGCUGAAUGCCUCCCUCUUCACAUAUAGUCCGUCUGUUGAAGAAAAAGCUACCCCUUCUGCUACUCAGGUCCCUUCCCCUACAGGCCAAGCAUCAAAGCCCACUGCACCGGGUUCCUGCAGGACUUACUCUCUCAGCCUCCCCAGAAGGCUGCCAUCCAUGUCCUCCAGGCUGGGCUUUGAAUCCAGCUCCUCCACUCCAGUGUUCGAGCCCUCAUGGGAUCCCCUGGAACGGCAGACCUCGUGGCAGGAGACGACCUCCAGGCCGGCUGGGCCUUGGGAGACCACCAGCAGAAGCUCCCUGAGCCGGUCGUCCGAGCAACGGAGAAGAAGUGAGGGCUUCUACCCAGCACCUCCAGCCUUUGUCGCCCCAGCUAAGAGCCCGCUGUCCCCCUCAGCCUCGUCGGCCCAGUACAGGCCGUCCUUUGGGCAGUAUCAGUCCCAGCGGUCUAUACCGGAAGACAGCACCAGGUACAGCGGGUCGAGCUCUGGGCUCAGAAAGCCCGUCUAUCAGCCGGUCUACAGACCAUUAAGCGGCCCGGCCUGGAGACAGUAAGGCAGCACAAAAUUAAGAGCAAUCAACCCCUCAAAUACAAUAUACAAGAUGGAAACCAGAGUCUCAGUCUUCGGAGACACCAGAUACAUUUUUAGCCGAUCAUCCCUUCCCUAUUCCCUAUUUAUAGAAACAUUGACAUUUCACAUCAAGGAAGGACGGAUACACCGUGAUAUUUUCUUGCCAGGAAUGAAAUCAAAAUUGAUGUUCUGAGGCAAGCAUAGGAGAAGUGAGGCGAACGAUUUUCCAGCCUACAUGCUGUGAUAGGCGUAGCGACGGGCUCAGCGUUGUCACGUCGUACAGUGUCACAUCACGUGGGCGUGAAGACAGAGGGAUGCCACCGAAAAUAAGAUCAGGUCAAGCUACCUACUCCUUACAGCCACGUGAUAUAAUGAGCAUCUUUUCACAUCCCGUGCAUGUAAAGGUUUAUUAGUAUUCUGGGUGGCUGUAUGUUCUAACGGUAGCCUGAUGUGGCGUUUCCUUGGACACCAUCUGCAUUCUAAAAUCCCCAAGAACACCUCUUGGUGAUGCACUGCUUGGCUCGUAAGAUCAAUGCACCCAUGUCACAUUAGCAUUUUUCAUUCAGCUGAAGAAAACAUCAUUUUGUGACCCUUGUAUGACAGGAAGUUAUACAAAUGAACCAUUUCACUCCAAGGACAAAGUGUACUGAUGCUCGUAAGAGCGCUUGAAAGAUGGAUUGGGUUGAAGAUGAACUCAGGAAGAGACUCGGAGAAAGUUAAUAGCAGAAAUAGACGCACGAAGAAAGUUUAAAGAGAUUAAAAAAUAAUUUGUGACAAAGCAUUUACUAUAGUUACACAGGGAUAGAGAGGGAUAGAGCGACAGUCAGACAUGUACAAGAACUGAGCAGAGAGAUGAAGGCUAGAGUAGAAAGUGUACAGUACAUGUCACCCACCUAAGAGUUGUGUCGACUGCACCACUUCAGGAUCGUGACUGAAAUUCUGAGACUGAGUUUGAGGCUUACAGAAAAAAAAUACAUAAUUUCUGAUGGGGCAGAUGAUGGGUAACACUUUACAUUAAGUGCCCCUUCAUAAUGCAUUCAUAGAACAUUCAGUGCACCUUCAUAAUGC